CACGUCCACGCUGUAGCGGGCAAGGGCUGCGCAGGCGCACUUGGGCAAUCCGGCCCCUCGUUGCCUUAGUAACCGCCGGCGCCGCCAGCGCCGCCUGGUCUAAGAUGGAGCCGUAUAAGCCCGAGUUCCAGCGGUUUUACCACCGGUUGCUGCGUCCGCUGUCGCUCUUCCCCCGCAUGACGACGCGCACAGAGUCUCAGAAGCGCCUCUCGCGGGAGGUCCUGAUGCUGCUGCCCCUACCGGUCUCACGGCUGACGGUGGCGUCGCUCUGCCGCCAGGUAGCGGAGCGGCUGGCCAACAGCGGGCUGGAGGCGCGCGCGCCUCGCAAGGUACGACUCCGUUUCACCGAGGUCAUCCUGGAUGAGCUAAAGUGCAGCUGGCAGGAGCCCCCCACCGAACCUGGUCUGAGCUACUUGAACAAUCAGAGGCUGCGGGAGCGGCUCCUGGUCUACGUGCUGCUCAGCAGCGAGCAGCUCUUCGUACGCUACCUGCACCUUCAGAAGAUCAUGUCGACCCCCGCAGCUGUCUUCACCGAAUCAGCCACGCUCACCCGGUUGGCCGCCAGCCUCGCCAGGGACUGCACAGUCUUCCUCACCGGUCCCGAGGUCUACCGUGGCCUGCUCGCCGACUUCCGCGCCCUGCUGAAGGAAGGGCAGGUCCAAGUCUGCGUGCCGAGACUGCGCCCCCUCGGCCCCACUGCGGCUUUCAGGCUCUGCCCUAUCCCGUGGCAUCACAGCACUGGCUUUGCCCAAGUGCCAUAUUCCAACCUCAGCCUGAACUACCUCAUCCAACUCAGCCGCCCGCGAGAGCUUGUCAGUGAGCCUGAACCGGACCCAGUGAAGGAAUGGAAGUCCAUUCCCCAGCUGAAGAAGAAGAAGCCUCUCCGCUGGCUGUCCACCAUGCAAAAGGGGAGAGAAAGCAACUUCAGUUCACAGAUUGCCUCACUGCCUGGGUCCUCUGUGGCUACCCCCAGCCAGGUUCCCCCCACCUCCCACUUGCCCCUCUCCUCCCAGCUCCAGAGGGGCCAGUCCAUGCCCUCUCUGCGUGAGGGCUGGAAACUAGCAGAUGAGUUGGGCCUUCCUCCAUUCUCUCCUCGCCCCUUAACCCCACUGGUCCUGGUUGCAGAGAGCAAACCAGAGCUGGCAGGGGACACUGUGGCUGAGGACCUGAAGCAGAGGAUGAAGAACAUGCAAUUGGGGUGGUCUCACUACUCACCGCUGGACUCGGGCCUGCCCCCACUCCUGGGGGCCCUGACCUACCGCCCAGCUGCAGCACAUCACAUGGAAGAGCUGCAGAGAAUGUUGAAGGGCCUUGAGGAGAAGGAAGCCUCAGAGCAGUGGAGCCCCCAGUCCCCCAGAUCCCAUCCACUUGAACCACAGCCAGUGACUGUUACUUUGAAGCUAAGAAAUCAGGUGGUCCAGGCAGCUGCUGUACAGGUCUCAGCAAGAAACUUUUUGGAUUCCUUCCACGUUGAGGGGGCCGGAGUCCUAUACAACCACCUGGCUGGUGAACUGGAACCCAAACUUAUCGAGGAAAUGGAUACUGAUUGCACUUUGGGCAGUAGCAUCAGGGAGGUGUACAAGGAGCUGAUGAGCCAUGUCUCUAAGGACCACUUCUCUUUUGACCAGGGGCCCCUGGUUGAGCCUGCAGCCAAUAAAGACUGGUCGGCCUUCCUAUCCUCAGCCUUUCUACGCCAAGAAAAACAGCAUCGUUUCAUCAACACCAAGCUGGCUGGACUUUCUUCCCUGAGAGCUAACACUUUACAGUCCAACCCUGAUAAGACGUCCUCCUUCACAUCACUCCAAGCACGUAAAAGCUGGGAGAAGUGGUCAAACAAGGCCUCAUGGCUGAACUGGUGGAAAACGACUUUGUCUGUGGGUGACUACUUCAAGUACCUCACCACCCAGGAGACAGACUUCCUCCAUGUCAUCUUCCAAAUGUAUGAAGAGGAGGUUCCUGUGGAGAUUGUGGCCCCUGUCAGAGAGUCCCGAAAGAUUCAGCACCCACCUCCCUUGCUAGAAGACGACGAGCCAGACUUUGUGCCAGGAGAGUGGGAUUGGGACACGGUGCUGGAGCACAGGCUGGGAACUGAGAACAACAGCCUCCUGGAAGACUCUCACAAAAUCCUGAGCCUACAGAAGCGUCUGGAGCAGCUGUGGUCCAUGCUUGAGGUCCCUGACAAAGACCGGCUGGACAUGGCCAUCAAGUACAGCUCCAAUGCCCGCCUGAGGCAGCUGCCGUCACUGGUGAGUGCCUGGGAGCAGGCCUUGCAGCCCAUUCAGCUGCGGGAGGUAUUGCUGGGGAAACUGGAGUGGUUUGAGCGACAAGCCUCUGACCCUAACCGCUUCUUCCACAAGACUGACAUGGGCCUGAGUCGCUUCCUGGAGGAGAAUCAGAUCCGCAACCAUCUCCAUAAGAGGCUCGGUCUAGUGGAGGCUCCUUUGGUUCCCCUCCUGGAGGAGAUCGAGUUAGUCUUUGGUGAGCCAGUGACCUUCAAGGGGCGGCGCUACCUGGACAAGAUGAAGCAUGACAAAGUGGAGAUGCUCUACUGGCUGCAGCAGUGGCGGCGGGUCCACCACCUGGUCUGGGCCAAGAGGGCCUCCCAUCAGUCAGCCCUGUCCAGGAAGCUCAGCAGCCAGCCUUUAAUAGCCCCUGGGAAUACACCCAUUACUCUGACCAGGCCAAGUGCCCUCAGGUCCCUCCCUCACCCCCAUACACCCAGCAGCUCACCCAGACCUCUGGACUGCUUUGAAAGAAGAAAUAUCUGGGAGUGCGGGGUUCAGGAAAACUGUGCUUCCAACUACCAGGGGACUGAAGUUAGCACUUUAUUUUGACCAUGAAGUUCUCAUAAAAAAAUCCACAAGCCCAGUAGUCCCAUUUCUGUCAAGCCAUGAACAGCACAGCCAAAAACUCAUGCAUCAAUAGAGAAGGGCAAGAGGAAAUAAAGUGUGAAGGAUGUAGCUUUAUUAGGGUAGUCUGUGUAGGCCUCACUGGGAAGGGGAGAUUUGAACGGAGGCUUGAAGGAGGGGAGGAAGUGAGCCCCAUGGACAUCUGGGACAACAGUGUUCCUGCCAGCUAUUGGGAAGCGUAAGGCAGGUGGGUGCCUGGGGUGUUCCAGAAAAGCAAGGUGGCCAAUGCAGGUGGAGCAGAGCUAAGGGGAAAGAGGGAUGAGUCAGAGGGGUCGUGACAAGGUGCCAGGGGGCAGGUUAGAUUAUGUAAGGCCUGUAGGCCAUUGUAAAAAUGAUUUCAGAGAUAGCCUAUGCAUGUAUGAACACACAUGAAUAUGUUGUCUAUACACAUGUCUUUACACCAGCAGUAGCAUGCUGUCCCCUGUUUUGCCCCUUUCUUUUUUCCCCGAUGAGCUUGCCUCAAGUUCAUUCCACGUCGGUACACAUAGAUCUGCCUUAUUCUUUUUGAUUGCUAUCUAGUAUCCCACUGGGUGUUUUUGGUUUUGGUUUUUUUUUUUUUGGCUGUGCCACGCGGCUUGCAGGAUCUUAGUCACCCAACCAGGGACUGAACCUGGGUCCCGGCAGUGAAAGCGUGGAGGCCUAACCACUGGACUGCCAGGGAAUUCUCUGGGUGUAUUUUUAUUUUGUUUAACCAGUCUCUUAUUGUUGGACAUUUACAAACAAAAACAAUGCUCUAAAAAAAUCCUUGUUCAUCUCUUUA